AAUAGCCAUUGAAAUAAGACAGAUGAGGUUACCGAACCUGAUUCAGUUUUUUGGAUUUAUGUCAUUGAAUACUCAAGUUUGCUUUGCAGAAAAUAAGACUAAUGAAAGUGUUUGUAUUUGUGGAAAAAUGGAAUUUGAUAUUCCGACAAUUGAAACUCCUUUCUGGUCCAGAUUUGAUUAUUUUAAAGCAGAAAGCUUUAUACAGUCAAAGUUCCCUGCUUCAUUAGCAGAGAAAGGUCAAGAUUAUUCAGAUGACUAUUCCGAUGACUACACUGAAAAUAGUGAUGGGGAUCUUCGAUUAGUUGGAGGAAAGAAAGAACGCCCAAGACCCUGGCUUGCUUUUAUAACAAAAAGGCUUUCCGAGGGGGAGAUACAUAAGUCUGCUAAUUGUGGCGGAACUUUAAUCAACCACUGGUAUGUUAUUACUGCCUCACAUUGUGUCUGCCCAACAGAUUACAUACAAAGAGUUCAACAAUCGGUCUGUAAUGAGGGCAAAGAACGUAUACAGAUAACAGACAAUUAUCCAGUUCAAUUUGAUGUGUGCCUAGCAAUCAGCAAUGAGAAAGAGUGUUUGAUGGAAAUUCAGAACGAUAUGUCAUACAAAGCAACUGAGAUUGUGGUCAGGAAAGAGCGGUUGAAAAAAAAUAAUCUGAAAACUUUUGACAUAGCUCUGAUUAAGCUUGAUCGUAAGGUUAGGUUUAAUUCGGAUGUAUCCCCAGUUUGUCUUCCCGGUGCAAUAAAAUUCAAGAAAACUAUCCAUAAGAGUGCAUUUGCAUCCGGUUUUGGAAUAACCCACUUCUCUCUAAAAGAUAAGAAAGCUGAGUGCUCAACGGAUAUGUUUCUACCAAGGCCAUAUCACACAUGUUCCAGUUCUUGUCAAUUGUCUGACCCCCCUGCUGAUCCAUUAGAAGAAUCUGUCUGCAACUGGUUGAUUUACAAUUAUUUUGAUAAAAUUCAGAAGUUGCGGUUGGAUAUCAUCCGAAUAACUAUCCCAGCGAUGAAUAAAGCAGUUAUAUGUUAUCCUAAUAUAAACCAAUACGGCUGGUGCCAUAUAAAUACAACAAUUUCACAUGUGGAUUUUAAAGAAAUGCCUGACUGGGGACUAUGUGACCAGCAUUGUCAAGUAGGAUUAGAUAAAAAUGGUCAGUUCUUCUUUGAAAGUGAAACUGGGACAGCAUAUUGGGCUAGACAGACACUGCUCACAUACAAGGAAUGUUUUGAUUUUUUAAAAGGAAUGAGCGGAGCUGAAGAUGCUCGCCUGCUGGAUAAUUUUGAUCCUGCGUUCGAACUUUGUGCAGGGUCAAUUCACGAACCUAGGUUACAGGACUUUCAACUAGAGAAUCUAACCAUUACAAAAGAAAACAUACAGGGUGUAGCUACAACUGUGGGAGUACCAUCCUUAAGUCUUCCAGACUUUUUAGGAGGAACAGACACAUGUCAAGGAGACAGUGGUGGGCCACUCUGGAGAUGGCAGGUUACAGAUAGCAUUACACCAGAAGAGCGGGUUGUGCAGAUUGGAAUAAUUGCAAGAGGGGAUAAAUGUGCAAGGGUCAACCGUCCUGGUAUUUACACAAAAAUAUCGAGUUUUAGGGAUUGGAUCAAAAAGAACACGAGGGAUGGGGGCUGUGAUAAAUUUGAAUAAAUAAAUGUCUUGAAGUUAA